UACUAAUAAUAAUAAUAUAAACCCUAAACCCUUUCUCGCUUUCCCUUUCGACCCCAAUAAACCCCUACGCCCUCUCUUCCUCUCUUCGACGGUGGGAUUUCUAAGCAUCGAGGAAAAUGAAUUUCAACAAUGUCAAAGUUCCUAAAAUGCCAGGAGGUGGAGCUCUUCCUACUUUGCUUAAGAUUGGAGUCAUUGGUGGGCUUGGCCUUUAUGGAGUUGCCAACAGUCUCUACAAUGUUGAUGGAGGGCAUCGAGCAAUUGUUUUCAAUCGUGUAUUGGGCAUCAAAGAUAAGGUUUAUCCUGAGGGGACACACCUUAUGAUUCCGUGGUUUGAGAGGCCUAUCAUCUAUGAUGUUCGUGCAAGACCUCAUCUAGUUGAGAGCACUUCUGGUAGUCGUGAUCUCCAGAUGGUGAAGAUUGGGCUUCGAGUUCUCACUCGCCCUAACGCAAAUGAAUUACCUCAAAUUUAUCGAACCCUUGGUGAGAAUUAUAAUGAGAGGGUCCUGCCUUCAAUCAUUCAUGAAACUUUAAAAGCUGUGGUUGCUCAAUACAAUGCCAGCCAACUCAUUACUCAGAGAGAGACUGUUAGUAGGGAGAUUCGGAAGAUUUUGACAGAAAGGGCAGCGAACUUCAACAUUGAACUGGACGACGUGUCCAUUACAAGCCUGACUUUCGGAAAGGAAUUCACAGCUGCAAUUGAGGCCAAACAGGUUGCUGCACAAGAAGCUGAGAGAGCUAAAUUUAUUGUGGAAAAGGCUGAACAGGACAAAAAAAGUGCUGUUAUACGAGCACAGGGUGAAGCCAAGAGUGCCCAGCUCAUUGGUGAAGCUAUUGCAAACAAUCCAGCAUUCAUCACACUGAGGAAAAUUGAAGCUUCUAGAGAAAUUGCACAGACCAUCUCCCAUUCAGCCAACAAAGUCUACUUGAAUUCAAAAGAUCUGUUGCUGAACCUUCAGGAGAUGAAUCUGGAAACCAACCCAAAGAAAUAGGCAUGUUAAGUCGAAAACUCGGUUACCUCCCUGUGGUAGUUUCAUUUCUCACAUUGUUCGAUCGUGAGAACGGUUAAUAACUCAGUGGUGACAAAAUUAAAGGCAUAUCUGUCUUCCCAUGGAUUUUUGUAAGGAGUUUAUUUUGUCAAAGGAUUAGUGUUCAAACAUCAGAUUUGUUAGAAUUAGGACUGUUGGGUUUGAGGUAUAAAAGAGCUGUUGCAUAUAUGUUUCCCUCAUUAUGGUCCACCUAUAUUAUCUGCGGAAGUUGAUGUCGUUUCUUUGUUAGGAAGACACUGGCCAUUUUUUUUGUUCAAAUAAAAAACCUUUCGU